AUGUGGCGGCGGCCGAAGGACAAAACAAUUUGGCGGGGGCUGGAAGAUAAACGAGUUUGGUUGACGCCGAAGCAGAUUCGAACCGAUCCUACUCUCCAGGAGAUAUGGCGAGCUCCAGAACAUCGCGUCAAGCUACGGAAAGCACUCCGACCCUCCUUCUCUGAGAGACAAAGGAGGGAGCGAGUAUACCACCAGUCGAAUGCCUUCAUUUCUCGCUCAGAUACACCAGAGGAACAGCGGUUUGGUCGUCCACUCCACAAGCGCCGUUACGCUGCCAAAGACAACAUCGCGUCUCUGGGCUUGCCAACAACAUGUGGCUCCAAACUUCUUCAAGGCUAUCAAAGCCCAUUCCAUGCCAGUGUGCUCGAACAAGCGGAUACGUUGAACAAUGGUAUGGUGGUAGGGAAGACGAACCUCGACGAAUUCGGCAUGGGAUCUCACUCCGUCAACUCCUUCUUUGGCAGAGUGCGAAAUUGCCGCUUGGGCGUUGACUACUCCGCUGGGGGAAGCUCUGGUGGUAGCGCAAUGGCACUUCUCCCGGAAGAAGCAGAGGACUGCUCCUUUUCUUUGGGCACAGAUACAGGUGGCUCAGUCAGGCUGCCGGCAUCUUAUACAGGUGUGAUAGGUUUCAAACCGUCUUACGGCAUCCUGUCUCGACAUGGUGUUAUUCCUUAUGCAAACUCGCUGGACACGAUUGGGAUAAUGGCACACAAUAUCGGACGAGUCGCGAAAACGUUUUUGAUGAUAUCCGGGCAUGAUGAACAAGAUCCAACGUCGAUACCCCAGCAUACCCGGCAGCGUCUGCUCCCAGAAGCAUAUAGCGAAUCUAUCUGGCAGCACCAGCGGAGUCUUCAAAGACUGAGCGAAGCGGGCGGGUGGCGUCAACUGGGCGCUGAAGCAGUGAUUGGAGUGCCUAUGGAAUACAACAUUACCGAAUUGGAUCCAGAAGUUCGACAGGCAUGGCAACAAACACUCGAAACUUUGCAAGAAGCCGGCUGCAAAAUAGUUCCAGUUUCACUACCCAACACAAAACAUGCCUUGUCUGCUUAUUAUGUCAUUGCCCCAGCUGAAGCAGCAUCAAAUCUUGCAAAAUAUGACGGUGUAAGAUAUGGAGAAAAAGCUGAAGAUGGCGACGUUUCCGGCGAUGUCUUAUAUUCUGCAACCCGAGCAAAUGUUGGCGAUGAAGUUAGGCGAAGGAUAUUGUUGGGAUCGUAUACUUUGAGUUCUGAAGCAAUCGACAACUAUUUUAUAAAAGCUCAGAAAGUUAGAAGACUGGUCCAACGAGACUUUGAUCGAGUGUUCACAAAACCAAAUCCACUUCGAGACCCGGAACAUUUCGAUCUUUCCGAUAUGGACGAGACAAUUGAGCUUGAGGAUAAGUUGGGACCGACCCAAGUUGAUUUCAUUGUAUGUCCGACUGCGCCUACAAGGGCACCUAAACUUGAAAGCUUGCAAGGACAGACGCCUCUGGACAGCUACGUGAACGAUGUGUUUACUGUACCAGCCAGUCUCGCUGGGUUACCCGCUAUAAGCAUUCCGUUCAAAGAUCCCCAACCCGGUUGCGCAGAUGCACUUCCAAUCGGUAUUCAGAUCAUUGGGCAGUACUCAGACGACAUCAGGGUGUUAGGAAUAGCUCAUGAGUUGACGCGCAUGUUCCAGACCUCAAGACAUCCCUUUUGUUCGCAGUCAAUAGGUUCUGCCAAGCAUGACGAGAGCCCACCACCAAUUAGGUAUACCAAAGUUGGUGAGCCAGACCGGUUUGAAGAGCUGCCGGGCACUAGGAGUGUCUCUCUUAAGCUCCCAAGGAAAACGUAUGCAUAUAGUGGGCCUCGUGAAGUUUCCUUUGAUCCACGCAAUAAUAACAAGAAUCCAUGGAGUGCGGAGCGUCAGGUUCCAUGGCAAGGAGGUUCCCCACGAGAAGCUGUACUAUCAUUACUGCGCAAGGUGGGAGUAGAUGAACCCACUCGAAAGGUUCUAGCUUACAGGAAAAACGAUGAAAACUUUGUAAAGUCUGGAAAGGAAUCAGAGCUCUAUGAGAGUAUGAGCCAGGCCGUUUCUAGUAGCCAAGGUUCGCCUAGAAUCAUCAAGUAUACGAGCAUGCCCUCAAUGUAUUUAUCAAAUCAGUCUAGCGAAUUAUCAGACCACCCUCCCAAAGUCGAUGAUUCGCCUAAGAUCAUCUAUUAUGGCGCACGCCACAAGCCUCCGACAAUGAGCGACAUCUCGGAAUAUCAAUUCAGAAUGCAAAAGGUCGGUUCGGGAGAAGCGCAUCAAGACAUGUUCAAAGUCCGAAAGGUCGGAUCAAGAAAGGGGUAUGUUAACCAAAUCAACGAGCGGCUGGAAAGAUACGCAAACUCUCAAGGGAUGCUAUACAAUCCUGAAUCUUUUAGCUCUGUCAACCUGGAAGAGGAAUUCCCUGGUCUCACUAAUGCGCUUGACAAGUGGGAGAACUCGUACAAAUGA